GGGGAGCGGGGAGAGAGCGGCGGUGCCGGGGCGGAGAAGGGGUGCGGGCUUGCAGCGGCUGCUUGCUCGCGGAAUUCCCGCCCGCGCCGAGCGGCCGGCCUCUCGGGCCAAGUGGGGAGCGGGCGGCGGGCGGGCAGGUGGCCCCGGGCCGCUGCGCCCGCGCCUUGGCUCUGCCCCCGGGAGCCGAGCGAGCCGCUGUUCCCUCGUGGUGUGAGGGCGGUGAUGUUUUUCCUCCCACCCACUUUUGAGUCCACCCUCCCCCCUCGCGCGCACUCCAGCUCUCGCCACAACCUGCGAGUCCCCGUCCUCGGAGGAGCGCCCCGGGGAACUCGGAGCGCUUGCACGCGUGGAAGACGGAGGAGGCCGUUGGCCAGCUUGAGUACCCAGGGCCCUGAAAGUUUCAAGUUGCCUUUUGCAGUGGCCAGAAUGAGAAAAAUGUGGAAGAUGGGAAGCAUGAGAUACAUCUUCUCCUUGUUGCUGUUCUUUCUUUUCCUAGAAGGAAGCAAAACAGAGCAAGUAAAACAUUCAGAGACAUAUUGUGUGUUUCAAGACAAGAAGUACAGAGUGGGUGAGAGAUGGCAUCCUUACCUGGAACCUUAUGGGUUGGUUUACUGCGUGAACUGCAUCUGCUCUGAGAACGGGAAUGUGCUUUGCAGCCGAGUCAGAUGUCCAAGCCUUCAUUGCCUCUCUCCCGUGCAUAUUCCUCAUCUUUGCUGCCCUCGCUGCCCAGAAGACUCCUUACCCCCAGUGAACAAUAAGGUGACCAGCAAGUCGUGUGAGUACAACGGGACCACUUACCAACACGGUGAGCUGUUCAUGGCUGAAGGGCUCUUUCAGAACCGGCAACCCAACCAAUGCACACAGUGCAGCUGUUCGGAGGGCAAUGUGUACUGUGGUCUCAAGACUUGCCCCAAGUUAACCUGUGCAUUCCCAGUCUCUGUUCCUGAUUCCUGCUGCCGGGUGUGCAGAGGGGAUGGAGAAUUGUCGUGGGAACAUUCUGAUGGUGAUAUCUUCAGGCAGCCUGCCAACAGAGAAGCAGAUCAGAGUCCCCGGUACCGAAGAACAGCUUUUCAAUUCGUGUUCACCCUCAUGAAUCAGAGAACUCCUUGUACUCGCAGCUUAUCCUGGAGACAUUCUUACCACCGCUCGCACUAUGAUCCCCCACCAAGCCGACAGGCUGGAGGUCUGCCCCGCUUUCCCGGGGCCAGAAGUCACCGGGGAGCACUCAUGGAUUCGCAGCAAGCGUCAGGAACCAUCGUGCAGAUCGUCAUCAAUAACAAACACAAGCAUGGCCAGGUGUGUGUUUCCAAUGGAAAGACCUAUUCCCACGGCGAGUCCUGGCACCCAAACCUCCGGGCAUUUGGCAUUGUGGAGUGUGUGCUGUGCACCUGUAAUAUCACCAAGCAAGAGUGCAAGAAAAUCCACUGCCCCAGUCGAUACCCCUGCAAGUAUCCUCAAAAAAUAGAUGGAAAGUGCUGCAAGGUGUGUCCAGGUAAAAAGGCAAAAGAAGAACUUCCUGGCCAAAGCUUUGACAGCAAAGGCUACUUUUGUGGAGAAGAAACCAUGCCCGUGUAUGAGUCUGUGUUCAUGGAAGAUGGGGAGACCACCAGAAAAAUUGCACUGGAGACAGAGAGACCGCCUCAGGUAGAGGUCCACGUUUGGACCAUUCGAAAGGGCAUCCUCCAGCACUUCCAUAUUGAGAAGAUCUCCAAGAGGAUGUUUGAGGAGCUCCAUCACUUCAAGCUGGUGACCAGGACAACACUGAGCCAGUGGAAGAUCUUCACUGAAGGAGAAGCCCAGAUCAGCCAGAUGUGUUCAAGUCGUGUGUGCCGAACGGAGCUUGAAGAUUUGGUCAAGGUUUUGUACCUGGAAAGGUCUGAAAAGGGCCACUGUUAGAUGAGACAGACAGUAUUGGAUAGAGUAUAGCAAGAAAACUCAAGCUGCGGCUGGACUGCAGGCUUACUUUGCUUAAGUCAACAGUGCCCUAAAACCCCAAACUCAAAUGCAGUCAGUUAUUCACGCCAUGCACAGCAUAACUUGCUCCUUUAUUGGAGUGGUGUGUCAGCCCUUAAACGUCUCCUCCAAAGAGACUAGAAGAGUCUUGAGUUCUCUGUGGUAGGAAGAGGGCUAGAACGCCGCAACCCUGCUCUAGUUUCUGGGAGAAUCGCAUUUCUUUACGGGUUAAAGAGUAAACAAAACCCCCGGGUUUCUAUCUAGAAAGUUAUUCCAGUGAAAGAAAGAGAAGGGAAUUGCUUAGUAGGAGUCUUUUAGUACAGAGAAAAUAUUUGUAUGAAAUUCUGCUCUUCAAAUUUUAGAAUGUCUCGUGUUUUAAAAAAAUUAACUCCCCAUCUUCACACACACGUGUACACACACAUGCGCACACACACACAUGCACAGUGAACUACAGCCUUCAUUCUGAGGCAAGGCCAGUGUAGACUCUCCCCUUCUUUCCCUCGCCUGGCUCUCAAGUAGCUUGGAGGCGGUUGGUACCCAGGAGGAUGAAUAAGGAAUUGUGAACAGAAGCCUGUGCCCUUGGGUCUGUGGUAUGGUUGUUGAUGGCACCAACCCUGGGAAGGAACAGGAACACCAUUUCCUGGCUGCCUUCACUUUGAGGGGGGAAAGAACUUUUCCAUAAUGACACACUUCUCUUUUCUCCCCGAACCUCCAUAAAGGAGUGAGAAUUGGGUAAAAUUUUCAGAAACUGAAUCCAUAUAAGACAAAAGAGUUAUUGAGCAAAGGAGUUGAUAGAAGUCAGCAAGGCCAGCCGUAUGUUUUCAAGUCAACAAAACUCACCAAUUAACAGCUCAAUCCUCGCUUAUUCUCUUGAAGUCAUAGUUCUCUAGUCCACAAAUUUUGGUUAGAUGAUAAAAUUCUAGAAGCUUCUUAAGAGGGUGGUUUCCCUUCUUCUCCAGUUAUGGGAGUUGGUUUUUACUUGGCAAAGGGUUUCUGUCCUCAUGAGCUUCAGUUAGGAGAAUUAUUGCUCAUUUGGGGAAUGGGGAUUCUGAUAAUGAUCUAAACCUUCCUACCAUUCUCCUCUCAUGCACCAAGCAUGGAUCUGAAUCAUGGAUCCCAGAGAAGGCUGCUCCGAAAAUGUCUCUUUGCAGCCUAAUACCAGAGCCCAGAUGAUCCAUUCUGAGGCCUGGCUUUAGAAAUCAUCUUUGUGGGAAAACUAUAAAUUCUCCACAGCAGGGAUCUCAAGCCUGCCUUCUAGAUUUAUCUCCUCUGAAGGGCCAUGGAUGAACUCUAGUGAUUACUUAAAUAUUAAGGACUGAGAAAUCCCAUGUUUCCUACUUUGUGACCAUAGGUAAGAGGAACAUUUUUUUCCUUAUUUGACACCAAUAGGGAAAAGUGUAAAAGGUCCAGUCUUUAUGGCAAGCUGGCAUAAAGGAGUCUAUUCUCAUAAAAGAGACACAGGGACCUGGUGGUCAGGCCUUCAGGGGACGAGCCUCUUAGACACAUUCUUCUGGGGCUGGGGAGGGGAGGGAAGGAAGGAGGACAUCCAGGGCUGAAAGGCCACAGAGCAUUAUUGGUGGGAGAGGGGGUUGGGGGCGUGGUUAAGUAGCUGCUGCCUCCCUCCCAGAGGUGGCAAUAUCCCCGUAGUGUGGAAACGAGUCACCGGAUCCUGAAGCAAAGCAGUGAUUUCCCCUUGCGGAUGACUCACCGCAAAGCCUUCCCACCCAGGUGUUCUCUGAAAGCUCAACCUUAAGGGAACACCCAGGGAGCUUCCCUAGAUAGACUCCUUCCCCCAGGCACUGGGACACACCUUUGCCAAGCUCCAGUGUUCAGUGUUGCCUACAGAGUAGGACCGAGAGAGAAGAGGCCAAGCCGCCUGCAGUUAGUAGAGAGGAAUGGAUGUGGUUCUUCUUGUGUAUUUAUUUAUACCAUAAACACUUGGAACAACAAAGCCCAUAAGCACCAUUUAGCAGUUGUAGCCAUUUUCUAGUUAACAAGUAACAUGUAAACGAGAGUAACAUACCAGUAUUACCCUUUCACUCUUCUCACAGGACAUGUACCUAAAUAUGGUACUUAUUUAUGUAGUCACUGUAUU